AUGAGGAGUGAAGAUGAAAAUGUUGACAAAAGUGAAGAAGAACCACCAAAGGUCAAGGAGCUGAAGAGAAAGACCUUGCUUGAAGAGCUUUUGCCCAUUCCAUUCCCAAUUUUAGCCAAGAAAGCAAAGAAGCAAGAAGCUCUUGACUCCACUGUGGGGACAGUUUUUGAGAAAGUUGAAGUUACCAUCCCUCUCUUUCAGGCCAUUCAACAAGUGUCGAAAUAUGUCAAGUUCCUCAAACACAUUUGCACUCACAAAGACAAGCUUGGCAACCUCAACAAAAAGCUGGUAGAUGACUCUAUCUCUUCUUUACUUCCUGAAAAAUGCAAUGAUCCCGGCCCAUGUUUGGUGACUUGUUUGAUUGGUGGGAUUAAGUUUAUGGACUGUAUGUGUGAUUUGGGGGCUUGUGUGAGCAUCAUGCCACUCCCCGUCUAUGAAAGAUUGAACUUAUCCCCCCUAAAGAGGUCUGGGGCAAGGUUUGUGUUAGCCGACAAGAGUAUUGUGUUAGUUAUGGGGAUUGUAGAGAAUGUCAUAGUCAAUAUUCAAGGAUUGCUCUUUCCAGUUGAUUUUCACAUUUUGGAGACCCCUCCCAUUGACUCAAACAAGCCAUCAUCAAUACUUCUUGGAAGACCAUUCUUGAAGACGGCCCGUUUCAAGCUAAAUGCGCAUUUGGGAGUCUAUUCUUUUGAGUCGGAUGGCAAGUUAGUCAAGUUCACUUUGGAGGAGUCCCACAAGCCAAUCCUUGAAGCUUACUCUAUUUUUGGAUGA